UCUGUUGGCACGUGUUGCUUUUGGGGGAAAAGAAGUUUAAUGUUUAUGUUUACUAUCAUGUCAAGUUGGUUCAAAAGUGAUUCAAUAAUAAAGAAAAUCGAGAGGUUAAUCAUAUUUGCAAAUGUGUAGUUUAUGCUUACUAUAUAUUAUCUCAAUUCGCAAUGAACGAAAGUGAUCUUUACGGCACAACCUUUUCUCCGGAGUCGGUGAAAGUUAUUGCAGAAAGUAUCGGCAUAACAAAUAUGCUAGAUGAAGCUGCAAAGGAGCUAGCGGAUGAUAUUUCGUACAGGAUCAAACUAAUCAUACAGGAUGCCGCAAAGUUCAUGCAUCACGGUAAACGUCAGAAAUUGACUGUCGAGGAUGUUAAUCAGUCUUUGAAAGUGAAGAACAUUGAGCCGCUGUACGGGUUCGUGAUGCGGGACUUCAUCCCGUUCAGGUUUGCGUCGGGCGGCGGGCGGGAGCUGCACUUCGUGGAGGAGAAGGAGCAGGACCUCACGGAGCUGCUGGGCGGGCCCAUGCCCCGGCUGCCCCUCGACGUCCACGUGCGAGCGCACUGGCUGUGCAUCGAAGGGGUGCAGCCCACGGUGCCGGAGAACCCCCCGCCCGUCUCCAAGGACGCCCAGAAGCUGGAGAGCAUCGACCCGGUCGGCAAGCUGGGCAAGCUGGGCAAGGAGAAGGAGUCCUGCGGGAAGCCCGCCACCGGGAAGUUCCACAAGCUGCGGAACGUGGAGACGGUGCACGUGAAGCAGCUGGCCACCCACGAGCUGUCCGUGGAGCAGCAGCUCUACUACAAGGAGAUCACGGAGGCGUGCGUGGGGUCGGACGAGGCGCGGCGCGCGGAGGCGCUGCAGAGCCUGGCGUCGGACCCCGGCCUCCACGAGAUGCUGCCCCGCAUGUGCACCUUCAUCGCCGAGGGCGUCAAGGUCAACGUGGUGCAGAACAACCUCGCCCUCCUCAUCUACCUCAUGCGCAUGGUGAAGGCGCUGCUCGACAACCAGUCCCUCUACCUCGAGAAAUACCUGCACGAGCUGCUGCCAGCCGUGGCGACGUGCGUCGUGAGCAAGCAGCUGUGCGUGCGGCCCGAGCUGGACAACCACUGGGCGCUGCGUGACUUCGCCUCGCGCCUCAUGCUGCAGAUCUGCAAGAACUUCAACACCGCCACCAACAACGUGCAGUCGCGCGUCACCCGCAUGUUCUGCCGCUUCCUGCGCGACGAGCGCAUGCCCCUCUCCUCGCUCUACGGCUCCGUGCAAGGCUUGUCGGAGCUGGGGCCAGAGGUCAUCAAGGUGUUCAUCCUGCCGAACGUGAAGUACAUCUCGGAGCGCAUUGAGGGUGCCACCGAGGGGCCGGUGCUCAGCAACAUAGACCGCAUCGCGGCCGGCCACAUCAAGAUCCUCAUGACUAAGGUGCUGUCCCCGGUGCUGCGAGCCGUCAGGCCGCCGCCCGACCACGUGGAGGAGUACCUGGCGGACUACGGCUCGCUGGGGCCUCACCUGCACUCGGCGGUGGUGAGGGCGCGGUCCCAGCCCGCUCCCGGGGCCUCUGCCCCCCCGGCGGUCCUGCGGGGCCCCUCCUCCGCCCUGCUGCAGCAGUCGGCCGCGGGCAGCCUGCUGCGGCCCGCGCACGGCCUGGAGCCCGACCACCACGUGCCAGACGUCUCGUUCAUAUCCGGCAGCGGCCCGCACCAAGGGCGCACCAUCGUGGUGGGGAGCUCGGCCCCGGCCAGCCGGGCCAUGGUCGCCCCGAGCAACCCCUCCAAGUACGUCAUCGUGACCUCGCGGCCGCCCACCCCGAACCAGGGCCUGAAGCCGGUGUUCAUGACGCAGCCCCAGCCGGUCAAGAUGGAGCAGGACGACGAGAUAAUCCUGGGGCAGUGACCCUGCCCGCCUGCCGACCUCCAGACACCCCUGCGAUCGCAGUAACGUUAGCGGCCGGGACGCGAAGCACCAUAGCUAGAGCGAACAUUCACGAGAGUUUUGUAAAGCGAACUUCCAGAUUCUCCUUCAAACAGAGUGUCUCCCGCGGCUGCCUUGGUUAGCAGAGUCGCAGGGUGUCUACAGAUCACAAGGAAAAAGUAACGGCCGGUCACGAAAGUCGUGAAAACGUACCAAAAUAAAAAAACAGUAAAGGUGUUGGAAGUCACAAAACUUAAAUUUCCAGCAGCCUUUUGCUUAUUUGUAUUUGGCUUUAUUGGCUAUUUAUUUCAGCUAAUAGUUGCCCAUUAAAUGUAAAUGGUUGGCGACGGUACACUUAAAAUCACCACGUUUCUGCGAAUAGUAGAUCUAUUUCGAAUCAUGUUCAGUUUUGCUGAUUAUAUGCAAAAAAAAAAGAAUAGUGCUAGGAAAAUGCAGAGUUUCGAUUGAUUAUUUGGCCAAUAUGUCAUCUUACUGAUCAUCGUAAUUGUCACUUGCAGACGCCAGUCUGCCUGGCUGGCCGGCAGACAGCAGACAUAGCAUAAUGGCACAGUACAAUAUACUUCAUUCACAUACACUGCUGAGAUAUUUUAAUUGAAUAGUUUUUACUUACUCCUGAUGUUGAAUUAUUUUAAUAUUUUUUUAAAAGCCAACACAUGCUAGUAAUUUAAGCACAUGUUCAAGUACACAUUUGUAAACUUAAUUGAAUAUGAACAUUUACCAUAAUUUGAUGCAUCAGCUAAAAUUACUCUAAGCUGCUGACUUAAAAUAAUUAUACUUUUUGUGUGAAAAAUUAAUUUUUUAAAUAUAUUGGCUUCAUGUUGUGUUGCAUUUAAUGUUGUGUGUAUCAAUAAGGCCAAACCAUAUAACAAAGUUAAAAAUUUUAAAUUAUAUUCCAAUUUUAUUUUGUGUUAAUUUUAUUUCUCUAAUCACUUUCAACUACUUUAUCUGUUUAAAUAUUGGUUUGCAUGACUCAAGUUGUUUCCAAGAAAAAUAUAUAUAUAUAUGAAAGAAGGAAUCUGGCAUGCUUCAUCUUGGUGUUUUACUGUUUUUUGAAAGGAUGAUUGGUAUCGGUUAUCAGCAUGAUCGGAAAAUUUCCUGAGCAGCCUAGCUCUAGUAAAAAAAAGGACAAAGUGAUUUCAAAGAAUAUGUGACAAAAUUUUAUUUAAAUGUCGUCAAAAAGUACUGAAAUUGGUAUACAUACCAGGUUUUUAAGACACCCUGAGUUAUAUCUGUAAGCUCUGAUUUGGGGUCAUAUGAUAUGACCCUUUAAAGGGGAUAGAAUGCAAUCCAUUGGCCAAGGUCAUCAGUGCAUUCGGUGUGUGUUUCACUUUCAGUAACAAGGGGGCCGUGGUUCGUCUCAAGAUUCUGAAGUAUCCUCAUGCUUGGGAUGUUUUAUACCACUUUAUUUUAUACAAGAAGUUGCGUGGAGCCUGAGUUUUUGGGCAAGGCAUGUGAUGGGGAAGUGAUGGGAGCGUAAUUUUUUUUACAUUAGAUGUGGCAACAUUUAGUGCAUAAUUGUUAGCUUAGAAGUGUGUAUUUUUUUGUGUACAUAACAUGCUUCUUUUUUAUGCAAGUCUUAUUUAUGUACAAAAACACACAUGCUAACUAACAUGUAUUAAAGAAUUGAAUGGACCAUUCA